AUGGAAAGUGUAGUUUGGAGUGUUAAAAAUGGCGAUUUACCAGAAGUGAAAACAGCCUUAGAAGAGCAGAAAGGAUUACAAAAUGAAACUAUAUCUGGUAGAAAAUUAAUUCAUUUCGCUGCCGAUUAUGGUCAACCAGAAAUGAUAGAAUUUUUAGUUCAUAAAGGUGCUGAUGUCAAUGCCUUAGAUUCUCAUGGUAUUACUCCAUUGUGUGCGGCCGUAUUUGAAGGUCAUGUAAAAUGUGUUAAAAUACUUUUAGAAAAGGGUGCUGAUAAAAAUGGCAAAGCUCCAGACGGAACGCCCUACAUCGAAUGUGCAGAAACAGAUGAAAUAAAAAACUUAUUGAAAUGA